AACCAUGAAGCUCGUGACGAUAUUUGUAAUUAUUUAUGUAGUCAAAUCAAUCGAUGGGUGCAGGAGGCCUGUCUCGACCAAAUCGGUAACAAAGCCGCCAGGGCAGAUUGACUGGGAUAAAUGGGAUCUGCCACCUUAUAACAAUGAUUGGGCCGGGUUUGUUGAUUUAUUAGGAACGAGGGAGAUCAAACAAAACAAAUCGGCGAUCUAUGCAGAUGACGACCGUAUAAAAGAUGCACCAGGAUUCCCUAGUAGAUGGAUGGAUGUUGGACCUGGUUUUCCUGGACAGGAUCCACCAAACAAAGCUAAGGUUGUUGGUUACGUUGGGCAAGCCGCGUAUUGUCUGGAUCCAGCUGAAAAAGGAACUGGUACAACAUUUUGGUAUUUACGAUGGUAUUAUGACCACGUGCGAGGUCGUUGCAGAAGAUUCGUGUACUCCGGGUUCGGUGGAAAUGCUAAUCGGUUCAUAGACAAGUUGACUUGCGAAAAGAGCUGCAAGCACCCUCCAACAUCUUGUUGCGUCUCCGAAGUAAAGAUUGACUUUGAAAAAUUCCUAGACCCGUAUGGGCCUCCAGCAUUUGGUUAAUCCAGAAUAUCGGUCUACACUUCUGCCGGUUUUAAUUGUGAAUAUUUAAUUAAUAGAUAGGUAAUAUUCUUAC